CUGGGCCUUCUGAUCACUCAUCUACGGCCAACAUCCUCUUUUCGUGGUGCUGAAAGGACUGUAUGUUUGGCUUCUCCUGGGGCGACGUCCGGAAACUUGGGGAAUUCUACAGCGCGGCGACGAAUGGUCAUCACCCACACUAACGCCUACCGGUUUGGAUGCUACCAACUUGCUGGAUACCAAUAUAACAAAGCUAGGGUUCUGCAGAAAUCUUCGACCAAUCGGCUGUAUAAUUUGCACACGAUGAUAUGAUAUCAAGCCGAAUGAUCCGUGGACAAGUACUUGCGCUAAACUCCUUUCUUAGCUCUUCUCUUCUGGACGUCUGCAUCAAAAGUUGAAACGUUCCCAAUUUGGCUGUCAUCUCAAAUAAUGUUUGGCCUUCAGCUGGAUGAACUCCUGAAUCUAGUUUGCCGUUCUCUGUUCUCUGGUUCUGGUCGUCACCGACAAGUUCGCUUUGAGCUUAAGAUGUGCAGACCUCGGUGCCGUUAGUCGCUAUGUGGGGCGGCGAAGGUCAGCAUCUGCGUAAUUCCGGUUUAUGUUUUUCACAGCAGGGAUAAGGUCUCCCAGGAAACCUUCCGCGCGCAGCUUCGAAACCCGCGCCUACGGACUUUUCCCUACACGAUCACCCGGAAAACCAAAGGAUUUCACAGGCCUCGAAGUCUUUGGGAGACGUAUAAAACCCUUGCACCUCCCUCACCUCGCCUUUUCUCUAGACGCUCACUGUCUUUCUGCUCUUCGCCUGUACUCGCUGUAUACCUUGUAUACAUCCUCUCCUUUCGGAAACCUACAGUCUUUUCUCGCUUCACAAGCAACUAGAUCCCGCCACCCACACCCGCCCUAAACACCCAUACACUUAGACACCAUGCGUUCUUUCGCGAUCUCCCUCAUCUGCACUUCCGUACUCGGUCUCCUCUCCGGCGCUAUGCCCGUCAAGCCCGUCGACGGGUCCCUUCCGGUUGUUCCCCCCAGCAACGCUUCGCUCCCGGCGAACGCCUCGCUUCCUGUUCCCCCGAAGAAUGGCUCGUUCCCUGCUCCCCCGGUGAACGGCUCUUUCCCCAUUCCUCCCAAGAACGGAUCCUUCCCCGCCCCUCCCAAGAACGGCUCCUUCCCCGCUCCCCCCGUGAACGGCUCGCUCCCGGCCGUUCCUGCGAAUACCUCGGCCUCGGCUUCGGCUGGUGCUGGCGGUCUCCUCGGUGACCUCCCCCUCGCCACCGUCAUCGCCUCCCUCGAUGCCCGCAGCGCCAACGCGUCGGCAGGCAACGCGAGCCAGAGCAUCGAGGUCGUCUGGACCGAGAUGUGGACUGAGGUUGCCCCGCUCGCGCAGUCCCUCCUCUACGUCAACAAGCAGAACGGCACCGCCGAUGUUAUCAAGCCCAUCCUCGGCAAGAUCAUCGCGCCUCUCAACGCGACCCUCAACCAGCUCGUCAACUUCCAGCACCUCGGCCUCAGCGUUGACACCCUCCUGACCGCUGUCGGCGGUGUCGAGAAGCUCACCGUCGGUGGCCUCGCUGGUAUCGUCGGUGGUGACCUUUCUAUCCUGUUCAAGGCCCUCGGCGCUGUCACCACCAACGCCGCGAGCGACAUCACGGCUGACCUCGUCCCCAUCGUCACCUCUGUCGGCAUCCUCGUCGGCCAGAUCCUGACCGUCGUCCUCAGCCUCGUUACUGGCCUCCUCGCCUCGCUCGGCCCUAUCCUCGUUGACGUCGGUGGUGUUCUUAACAGCCUCGGCCUCGGCCCCAUCUUCGCUGCCCUCGGCAUCAAGCUCUAAGCUUGGUUAUUUGGUUUAUCUAUAUUACUAUUACAUUCGUACUUUAGUCAUGUCACGAGAUCGCACGUCUUGUUGAAUGAUAUACCCUUCCUUAAU